ACCUUUCAAAUUUCAGACUUCCUGUGAUGUGUAAAUCCAAAUACUUCAUUUCACGGAUCUUUCAUUUAUCAUAUAUUAAGUAAGCCAAAUCCACAUACUUUCCAUGGAGGGAAAACAAUUGAUUGUGAGAUCAAUAUAUUCCUUUGUUUCUAUGUUUUUGCUUGGCUUCAGACUACUUGUUACAGAGGCACAAUCAAACUAUGUGGGAGAUGACUGCAGUUCCACCACCCCAAAAUCUCUCAGCAGUGAAUACAAAGACAACCUUAACAGUGUUCUGACAUGGCUAUCCUCAGAUGCAGCCACAAGCAAAGGCUAUAACCAUAACAGCUUUGGCAACAGCACCUCUGGUGCAGAUGCUGCUGUGUAUGGCCUUUAUGAUUGCCGUGGUGAUGUUUCUGGAUACUUUUGUCAGUUCUGUGUUUCAACUGCUUCCAGAGAAGUUCUUCAGCGCUGCCCGAACAGGGUAUCUGUUAUUACAUGGUAUGAUUUCUGCAUCUUAAGGUACUCAAAUGAAAACUUCUUUGGUAAUGUUACAGUAGACCCAGCAUGGAAUCAUACUGGAUCAAAAAAUGUCUCUAGUUCAGAAGAGAUUCAAAAGGGUGAGGGUUUUAUGAGAAGUUUGAUCAGAAAAGCUACUGUGGAGACCAACCAGUUGUAUUAUAUGGAUGGCUUCAAUUUGAGUUCCACUGAGAGAAGGUAUGGCUUGGUUCAAUGCAGUAGAGAUCUCACAAGAGAAGGGUGCAGAGAAUGCUUAGAGACCAUGUUAGCAAAAGUUCCCAAAUGCUGUGAGCAUAAGUUGGGGUGGCAAGUUUCCAGUGCAAGUUGUCUCAUAAAGUAUGAUGACUAUAUUUUCUACCUUCUUCACAAUCCAGCAUCUUCUGUGCCUUAUACUCAAAUAGCCAGACAAAAGGGUGGUAGUAAGGCAAAACUAUUGAUCAUUGGCUUAAGCGUGCUGGGCGCAGUAGCUUUGCUAUGUUUCAGUGUUUAUUGCUUCUGGUUCAGAAAAAGAGCUAGAACUGGAAGAAGAACUGGUGGACGUAUUCCUGAGACCAUUCGUCUAUCAUCAUAUCACAAUGUUCAAACUGAGGAAACACUGAAUCCAGACAUCUCUACAAUCCCAUUAAUCACAAUUCUACAAAGUACUGAUAACUUUUCAGAAGCAUCUAAGCUAGGGGAAGGUGGAUUUGGCCCCGUUUACAAGGGAGUUCUACCAGAUGGAAGACAAAUUGCAGUCAAAAGACUCUCAGAAUCUUCUGGUCAAGGGUCAGAAGAAUUCAAGAAUGAAGUAAUGUUCAUAGCUAAAUUGCAACAUCGCAACCUUGUAAGACUUUUGGCAUGCUGUUUGGAGGAAAAAGAGAAGAUACUUGUAUAUGAGUAUAUGAAUAACGCAAGUCUCGACUUUCACCUCUUUGAUGAGAGAAAGAAAAGACAGUUGGAUUGGAAACUAAGAUUAAGCAUCAUAAAUGGCAUAGCAAAAGGACUUUUAUACCUUCACGAGGAUUCUAGACUCAAAGUUAUUCACAGAGAUCUCAAAGCUAGUAAUGUUUUAUUAGAUGAUGAAAUGAAUCCUAAAAUAUCAGACUUUGGAUUGGCAAGAUCAUUUGAGAAAGGCCAGAACCAAGCAAAUACAAGACGAGUAAUGGGCACAUAUGGAUACAUGGCUCCAGAAUACGCUAUGGAAGGAUUGUUUUCAGUGAAAUCUGAUGUUUUCAGCUAUGGGGUUCUUGUUCUGGAAAUCAUUUGUGGGAAAAAGAACAGUGGAUUCUAUCUAUCAGAAUGUGGUCAAAGUCUUACAUUAUAUGCUUGGAAAGUUUGGUGUGAAGGAGAAUGCUUGAAACUAAUGGAUCCAGUGUUGGAGGAAAGUUGUAUAGAGAGUGAAUUUGUGAAGUGCAUGCACAUUGGUCUGUUGUGUGUUCAAGAAGAUGCAGCAGAUAGACCAACAAUGUCCACUGUAGUUGUAAUGCUAGCUAGUGACAUGAUGUCUCUUCCAAAACCUAACCAACCAGCAUUUUCAGUAGGAAGAAUGACAUUAGAUGAUGCAUCUACUUCAAAAAGUUCCAAGAAUCUUUCCAUUAAUGAUGUAACUGUCUCUAACAUUUUUCCAAGAUAGUGGAAACUUUCAUACACAAA